CAACAACCUCCACCAGAAAACAUUGAAAGGCAAUUGCAGCAUGUUGGGUAUCAUUCAGUUGGAGCUCCUGUGCUGUCACUGCAGCUGUAGAGCAGUUCGCAUCCAUCGCAUUUACUUUGCACAGCUCCAUUUGUUUCUUUCAUACUCUCUCUCAGGUCUCAACUGAGGGCAGGGGCACUUACCUCAUCCCCCAUUGCAGAUGCAGUAUUUUAAUCUAUCUAUAUUUGAAGAUCUGUGUAUUUGUAUUUUAAAAGCCGUUUCCUCUUGCAGCCUGGCUUGCUAUUAACAGGAUGUAUCAGCAGUCCUAGACGAGCGCUACAGAUGGUUGCAUAUCUUAAAUGCUUGACCUCCCCCCACGCACGCUUCUUGUUUCUGUUCAAUUCGGUGGCCAACUGCUCUCUGCUCAGUCUGAGCAAUUGUUUGUGUUAAAGAUGCUCUAUAAAAGAAGUUAGGACCAUCUAUAUGUCCUUGGAAAAUGCUAAACAUACAUCCUGACUUCAGCAGUGACAUAGUAAGCAAGAAACGUAUCUGAGUUACAUUUUAAGACAGCCCUAAAUGUUCAUUUUGUAGGUUUCCAAGUGAUGUGACUGUUUGGAACAGAAAUAAAAGCAGGAUCCUUCUGCUGUUGCAGUUUGUUACACCUUACAAGGAUCCACAACUGAAGGGCUCAGCUGCGGUUCUGCUGCUACGAGUGAUGCAGGCUGCGUCUGGCGAAAGGAUCCAGAAAGCAGUAGGGGAAAUGCUGCGCGGACUGACAGCAGGAAUCCAGCCUGCAGACUCGGGCUGAGGGUGGGAGAAUUGAGACACGCCGCGCUGACAUCUGUGCCAAAGGUGACUCCGUGGGGACGCCCGGCGCUCGGCUCGGGUUGGUCUGCGAGCUGCUGAAAUCACGGAGUUGGCAGCGCAAUAAAGCAGGCCCCAAAGAUCGGCUCCAUCUCCAGGAACUGAAAGUGCCGGGCGGGAUUUCCGUGUGGCUCCAGGUACGGUUGGGAUCCUACGGAGCUGAGAGCGUUUCUGUUUUAAUACUGAAAUACAGACUUACUUCUGCGGCGCCUGCUUCUGAAAGAAAGAAGCGGCCACGAAUGGACGCUCUGCAGCACCUCGUUGGUUCCUGGAGCUCCGCUGUGUGACUGUGGGCAGUGUAUGAAGAACAUAAACGAAUCACGGCAUUUUCUUAUAAAAGACAGUUGAGCAAAUGGAUGUAGAACUGCAGACUUAGUGUUUUUAGUCUGUGUUCAAAAUGGGCUGCAGGUUUUGCUGUUGGAGGCUGAAGAAUUAAAGGAGUGCAGAGCGGGGUGUGACUGUGGGACUCGAGUUGACUUCAAGUCGUUUUUUGUCUAAGCAGGAGGAGAAUGGACGCUCGAGACUGUCAUUAAUUACAGUUCUGGUGUUCAGCGAUGGAAAGCCCGCAGACUAAUUUCCCUCUAGGGCUCGUUUCAGAGCAAAAGAGGAGUGGGAUCCAAGAGGAUGGGAGCCCCCCGCUGAAGAAACUAAUGACAGAAAUGCACGUCAACAGCCCAGUGCGAGUUGUAAUAAAUAAACUGCCAACAAUAAAGAAGGAAAACUUGGACGAAUAUGACGAAACUUCUGUGGAGGCUGACGGGGAGAGUGCCAAGCCAAAUAGUUCUUCAAUCUCCGAGCCUUUGAAUUUAAAUCCAGGUCUGAAACACACGUUGGCACAAUUCCACUUGAGCAGCCAGAGCUCACUGGGUGGACCGGCAGCUUUCUCAGCUCGCUAUUCCCAGGAGAGCAUGUCACCCACCGUCUUCUUGCCUCUCCCAUCACCUCAAAUCCUGUCUGCUCCGCUGCUCAUCCCUCCCGACAGCUCCACAGAGCUCACUCAGACUGUGCUGGAGGGGGAAUCCAUCUCUUGCUUUAAAGUCGGAGGAGAAAAAAGACUUUGCCUGCCUCAGGUGUUGAAUUCAGUUCUUCGAGACUUUUCUUUGCAACAGAUCAAUACCGUGUGUGAUGAACUGUACAUAUACUGCUCCAGGUGCACUUCCGACCAGCUUCAUAUUCUGAAGGUUCUGGGGAUUCUUCCAUUUAAUGCUCCCUCCUGCGGGCUCAUUACACUGACUGACGCUCAGAGACUAUGCAAUGCUUUACUACGUCCUCGCACUUUUCCUCAGAACAGCAGCUUUCUCCCUGCUAAGAACACAUUGGCCCAACUGAAGGAGACUGGCAGUGCCUUCGAAGUAGAGCACGAGUGCCUGGGCAAGUGCCAGGGUUUGUUUGCACCUCAGUUCUACCUUGCGCCGGAUGACCCCUGUAUCCAAUGUCUGGAGUGCUAUGGGAUGUUCUCACCCCAGACCUUCGUGAUGCAUUCACAUCGAUCCCCUGACAAGAGGACCUGCCACUGGGGGUUUGAGUCAGCCAAGUGGCACUGCUACCUUCAUAUUAACCAGAAGUACCUGGGGACGUCGGAGGAGCGGGAGCUGAAGCAUCUGUUGGAGGAAAUGAAGGAGAAAUUUAGUGAGAAAAACCAGAAAAGAACUCGAUCAAAAGUGGAUUCCCAGCAGAGCCUGGAAUUAUCACAGUGGUAUCCUGUUAUAAAGCAGGAAGCAGAAGCUGAUCCUCAGCCACCCUCCUUCUUCCAUCCCAGUUACUACCUUUAUAUGUGUGAUAAAGUGGUUGCCCCUAAUGUAUCACUUGCUUCGCAAUACAAGGAUGUAACAAAAACAACAGUCAAAGCUUCUGAAGUAAUUAAGUCUUCAUCUGGACUGUCAGAGAAAAAGCUCAGCAUUGGAAAGCACAAAAAACCUGCCUCCUAUCCAGAGCUUUCUCUUGAGGAACAGGAGAAAAUUGACUUGAAGACUGGUCUGGAGCAGCAUAAGCGUUUAGAUCCAAUUGUGUCAGCUCAUUGUGCAAGAGGUGGAAAAUCCGAACGUGUUUCUUCCAAAAGCAUUAGAGUCUCCAGGUGUGUUGGAGUAGGUAAUGAUGGGAGAACGUUGUCCCCCACUCUCAUGAAGGACAUCAGUUGUGAAGACGACAAGGGAAGGAUCAUGGAGGAAGUAAUGAAAACCUACAUCAAGCAGCAAGAAAAACUAAAUACCAUUUUGCGGAGGAAGCAGCAGCUUCAAAUGACCUAUUUAUUUUUUGAACAUCAAGCUCAGAAUCAUCAAUCUCAGGCAGGGCCCCAGGACUGCUGCUUUGGAAGCAUUCUGCUGUUGGAGGAAGUGGAAAUGUUGAACAACUCUAAAGCUAUGAAGGAACUAAGUGAAGAGCAGCAGAAUUUGCAAAAAGAACUCGAAUCUUUGCAAACCGAACACGCUCAAAGAAUGGAAGAGUUUUAUUUUGAGCAGAGAGACUUGGAGAAGAAAUUGGACCAAAUGAUGAAGCAGAAGUGUACCUGUGACUCCAGUUCAGAGAAAGACAAGGAAGCAGAAUAUGCAGCACAGCUAGCAGAACUGAGACAGAGGCUGGACCACGCAGAGGCAGAUAGACAGGAGCUUCAGGAUGAACUGAGACAAGAACGAGAGGCGAGGGAGAAGUUAGAGAUGAUGAUAAAAGAAUUGAAGCUGCAGAUCUUGAAAUCUUCAAAACAUGGAAAUGGAAAAUAGAAAUUGGAAGACGAGUGUGACUGUGUCCUUCAAACAGGGUGUUUCGUUUUUUAACGAAUUGUAAGCAGUUUCUGUGUGAUAAGAAGUAUUCUCUACAGAUUUCUAUUUGCCAUACAAAUGCAGAUGAAUAUAUAUAUAUAUAAGAAGAUAGAUAGGUACGCGUUUUUAGAUUUUCCUAACCAAUGGAAAUCUGCAUUUAUUUGUACUGGUGUUUCUCAAACUAGGAGAAAAUAAGAAACUUCUGAUUUAGAGUGACCAGUUUCUGUUUAGUUCUAAUGCAGCCCUUGAGGACCCUGUACCUUUUAACACUGUCUGUUAAAACAGAUUUGGUGAUCCGUAUUUUACUAUCGAUUUCACACCCGGUUAUAAAAGUACUUUAAAAAAAAAAUCUUAAUUUCUUCAAGGCCAAAAAUAGUUGAGUUUUCAGUGAGAAUUUUGUCUUCCUUAAACUGGGGAAAGUCGAAAGGCAGAUGUGAGGUAAUCCUCAAAAUCACCAUGACAAUGGAUGGAUGAUUAUCAGAAGUGAUUUACCGGCAUGAGUUUUCCAUAAUUCUGUUACGUGAAGUCAAGCUAACUUAUUCAGUAAACAGUUUUGGAGCAGGUGUUUGGUCACCGUGCUGGAAGAACAAAACAAUUAGAGGUUGGUAGCUAUAGGACAAGGGGCAGUGAUUUGAAGUUGAAAGAAAGUAGAAUUUAUUUGUUGGCUAAUGGUGAGACCCUGGAGCACGUCGCCCAACAAAGUGUUGAGUACCUCAUCACUGUAAGUGUUCAAAGUGAGGUUGGACGGCGCUUUGUGCAACCUGAUCUGGUGGAGGGUGUCCCUCCAUGUCCCAUGGCACAGAGGUAGCAGCUAGAUGAUCUUUGACUGUCCCUUCCAGCACAGACUUGUGGAUUCCAUGGCUUGCCUGGUUUUCAGAUACUAAUGCUUCCAAGGAAAGUAAUAUUUAUUAAAAGAAACAAAAAAAAAGUACUGGUUUAUUUAGUAUCUGAAGCCUCUACACUUUAAGCUUCCUUUUAACUUGUGAAUUUUUCUUUCUAUACAUGGAACAGGCCUUAACUGACAUUGUGAUAAUUGCUUAGAAAAAUAGAAUUCUAAGAUAUGGCACUUUGAAAAUGAGUUUGAUCGUUUCUACGUUGGAAUGGCAUGGUAAUAUUACCAUGAAUUAAGAAAAUACAGCAUGUUUAUUGAGCUCUGACAUUUAGAAAUGUGUCAUUGUACAGAAUGUCCACUUUGUGUAUAUAUAUAUUGCAUUUACUCAGGUACUUCAAAAGUCCGAUUCCUGGUAGAUGCAGUGCAUGACUACAGAUCUGGAUGGAGAAGUACUCCUUUGCACUUCUUUCUGAACAGUUUGACACAGCUGACAGGUGUUGGCUGAUUGUGACUAGAAUUACCUUAGUAGUUCUGUUAUUCCACUACAUUAUUUUAACCUGUGCUCUAGCUUAUGUUUGUUGUGUUGCUUUGUUUUUUUUAAGGUGCUUAGAUGUAUUGCUCUUUUAAAGAAGUUGAUUAAUUCUGGAUAAAACCACUUGGUAAAAUCCACUGGCAUCAGAUUUUAUUCUGAACUAGUAAAAAUGAAAGCUGAGUUCUUUCCUGUUUCGCCUUUACAGAAAUAGAAAAUGGCACAAAUCUUUAAGCUGAGUGGGAAAGGAGGUGGUACGUGUUGUGGAGUCAUAGAAUAAUUAUUUCGUAGCAGUGCAUAAUUUCCUUUAUGGACCCUGUGUCAUAUUUACACUGAUUAGGGCAGAUUAGAUGAGGAAAAAAAAAAAAAAAAAAAGCAAUGUUUAUCAAAAACUGGCAAUGUUUAUCAAAAAAGAGGAUCCAGGUUACGUUUUUCACGUAAUGGGUUCACUGCAGUGUUUGUAGCUUGGAAUCCUCACAGGAUUAUGAUCUUAGAGUACCGUAUAUUCAGUUUUUAUUCAGCUCCUGUCUGUGUUACGUUCCUGGCUCUGAGAUUCCCCAUUUCACCUCUAGUUGACUUGAACCUGUGGCAGCUGCAGUGCAGUACUGCUAUUGCUGGACUUCCCCUGCCCCAGCCUGCACUUCUGCUGCGCCAAGCAGCUUCUGCUGAAGGCAGCCAUAGUUUGUACUCCUGUUUUCACUUCUGCAAGAACUCCAGCAGCUGGCAUGGAGUUUUAGCAGUUCCAUCUGCAGGUGAGGCUUCCUAAUGCUUGUAAGAUGUCUGGCUGAGAAAGUUAACUGAACAUCUGUUAAAAUGACCUUAAAAUAGCUUUGUAAAUACUCCAUUUAGUUAAUCUGAAGUUAGAAUGCGUUUUAAAUUAUUGUAACCCUCUUAAAAUUCUUAAAUAUUCCUUUCGGGUUGCUUACAUGAAUAAUUUUCGUAUAGACUUAAUUUUAUACUGAUUUUAAGUAAUAAUGUAAACAUAACUGUGCCAUAGAUUUGUGUGUCCAGAUAGCUUUUGAGUGAGUUGUAAAUAACACGCUGGUAGCUCUAGAACAAAUCUACGUUGACCUUUUCUCACUACCUUGCGCUUGUUAUGUGUUGAGUGGUUUAUUUUACAGCCUAACAUAGAAACUCGCAAUGAACGCUUAAGGGCCCUCACUUAAGUAUGCACUUAAAGGUAGAAACCAGCUCUGUCAUUGGGUUCUUACUCUGAGCCAUGGCAAGCUCGUUUGAUGCAUUACUCUUUUUUUUGCCUUCAGCUUUUGGUUGCUGAUCUCUUAGGCAGAAAGUUGCUUUCUCACAUAGUUGUGGCAUCGAGUCUUUAGAGGACAAGAAAAAAGCCUAGGAUUGUUCACUGUUUUAAUAGUUUCCUGGUUGAGCGCCUAGAGUGAAAACGAAGUUGCCCGCGUGUGCACCUUUUGGAACUCGGAUUCAGGGUGAAUGCCUGUUUGCUCCUGUGUGUUGGAGAAACAAAAAGAACUUUCACAUGCUUUGUGUGCUCUGAUGAGCGAGAAGAUGUGAGGACUCAGAUAGUACAGUGUGCAGGUUUAGCAGUGUGACCGUACCCUCACCCACAGCACCCUGGAUGGAAGAGAUGUAAUCUCAGAUCUCCAAGCUUGUGUUUUAGUUUUUGCAAAGCAUAUCGUUUAGCUCGGGAAAAUUCAGAUGAAUGUGUUUCUGUUUCACAUUCUUCCACUAAUUUUAUUCUAUAUUUAAUAUAUUAACGGCUUAGGUGUAAAAUCAUCUGUAUAUAGUGAAGGCGUAAUGCCAUUAGUGAAGUAGGAAAAGUUGAAUGGGAGCGUGAAGCUCCUGGUGGCCCAAAGAAACGUGGCUCAGUCCAUGUUUUAGAAGCCACAGCUGUUUGUUCAUACAUUCUUGGUUUACCCUGGGGGGUUGGAGAGCUGUACCAUGUUAUGGACUAUUCAGAAGACUUUCCCUUCAUUAGCUGUGGAGCUGUCCUUGACGUGCUGUCACGGUCAGCUUCCUUCAGUUCACUUGUUUGUAGAACAUAUAUUUUGGCUGUCGGCAAAGGUAACGACUUUGUAUUUUUUCUGCACUUAAUUCAUGUAAUUAAUCCACACAACAGUUUUCUAUAAUACAUUGAUGCUAACUAAAGAGUUAAUCCCACCGACCUGUAAAUCUUUGCUCAAAAUCCUCCAGUAGUUUCAUUUCAGCUGUCAACAGCAAGCUGCAAUAAGCUUCUUUGUUUUUGUUCUGCUCAUUUCUGAUGUGAGAUGUAUUCAAAUACGUUUCCACUAUAGAAAGCUUACGGGGUGUUCAGUUUGUUGCAUACCUGUUCAAAAAAGAGGCCCGUGUUUUUAGCUUUGUGUGGCUGCAGCUCACAUGAGAGCUCAUAGUGUGUCUCCGUUCUUGAGAUGGCUGGUUUUGUUCAGCGUUAGCGGUUGGGGAAUGCUUGGAAAGUGAGUGAAGCGCUUUGUCAAGCACAGCAAACCAACGGUAUGAAGUUGUGUUGUUGGGAAACUGCCUCUGCACCAACAUGCAUUGUCUCUUCGGUUUCCUUCCAAUAUAGAUACCUCACUUAAAGGAAAGCACAGUUACACUGUAUUUACAAUAGGUCUGGGACGCGUUGAUCUGGAAUCUUUUGUUGCAGUUACGUUGCUUCCUGCGGGUGGUAAAACCUCUUUCUGUUUUCAUGCUCACUCUCCAAAGCGUUUAUGGGUUGACAUGCAGGUAAUGGCUGCCUUGCAUUACAGAAGGUGGCUGCAAAGCGCCGCACUCUGCUGGGCUGAAGGCAGCAGUUGGCGACUAUUCCAAACCACAGCAAGGCCGUGGGAUCCAUCGCCACAUUCAUUUGUAAUACUUUGCCAAUGAUGUACAGUCUUAAUGUUAGCGUUGCUGUGGUUGCAUUACAUGACACACAAAACUGUCCUCUACCUCACGUGAGAUUAACAGAUAUUUUAUAUGGUUUUAGUAAACAAAAAAUGCAUCUAUCUGGUCACUUAGUUUACAAAAUUUGAAUUCUAUUUAUUGAAACAUGACAUACUGUGCUCUUAGCUUAUACCUCAAUCGUAUUUUGUGCUGUUAUCCAUUUCCAUGCCCUGUAAAUAACGUGUACAGAUUGUGGAUUCAGAAAUAAAAGCUGUACCAUCAGAA